CCGGGCCGCUGAUUUCCGGGGUUGCCUGCGGUGCGGGUGCGGGUUGCGGUGCGGGUGGAUUGGGCGGCGCUGUUCCUCCCAACGGCUGGACAUGGCCCCGGGAGCGGAUGGCGGCUGAGAGAUGCGGAUUUGCUGCGAGGAAGGGGAAUUGCAUUAUGUAUGCAUCAAACAAGUACAGCAGCCGGGGCCCUACCCUUAUUCCCAGGAUGAAAACUAAACACCGAAUUUAUUACAUAGCGCUGUUUUCAAUUGUACUGCUUGGACUUGUGGCCACAGGAAUGUUCCAGUUCUGGCCACAUACGAUAGAAGCUACUACUGAAUGGACAGUAGAAAAACGCAGCAUUCAUGAUGUUCCUGAAGUCAAACUUGCAGAAGACAGCCCUAUUCCUGAACGAGGAGAUCUGAGCUGCAGAAUGCACACUUGCUUUGAUGUAUACCGAUGUGGGUAUAACCCAAAGAACAGGAUAAAGGUGUACAUCUAUCCACUGAAGAAAUAUGUUGAUGAGUUUGGAGCUGUGGUCAGCAAUACUAUAUCUAAAGAAUACAAUGAAUUGUUGACUGCUAUUUCAGAAAGUGACUUUUAUACAGAUGACAUGAAUAGAGCUUGCUUGUUUAUUCCAUCACUCGAUGUGCUAAAUCAGAAUAACCUCAGGAUAAAGGAAACUGCACAAGCACUCGCCCAGUUAUCCAGGUGGAAUCGAGGGAUCAACCAUUUACUGUUUAACAUGCUGCCAGGUGGCCCUCCCGAUUAUAACACUGCUCUGGAUGUGCCACGAGACAAGGCACUGCUUGCAGGCGGCGGCUUCUCCACCUGGACCUAUCGGCAAGGCUAUGAUAUCAGCAUUCCGGUGUUCAGUCCGUUGUCAGUGGAGGUUAAUCUACCUGAGAAACCUGUAGGUUUUAGGAUGUAUUUUAUCUUGUCUGCACAAAUGGCUAUCCAUUCGGAAUACCGCUCUGAGCUGGAGGCAAUGGAAGCAGAACAUGGAGAUUCCCUGCUAAUCCUGGACAAAUGUACCAACUUGUCAGAGGGCGUUCCUUCCACAAGGAAGCGCUGCCAUAAAAAUCAAGUCUUUGACUACCCACAGAUCCUACAGGACGCUACAUUCUGCAUUGUGUUACGUGGCGCACGGCUUGGGCAAGCAGCACUAAGUGAGGUCCUUCAAGCGGGAUGUAUUCCUGUCAUUGUUGCCGAUUCUUAUAUCCUCCCAUUUUCAGAAGUAUUAGAUUGGAAAAGAGCAUCUGUGGUGAUACCUGAAGACAAACUUUCUGAAAUGUACAGUAUUUUAAAGUCCAUUCCUCAACAGCAAAUUGAAGAUAUGCAGAGACGGGCAAGAUGGUUCUGGGAAGCUUACUUCAAGUCAAUGAAAGCAAUUGCACUGGCGGCCCUACAAAUCAUCAAUGACAGAAUUUAUCCAUACGCUGCCAGAUCUUAUGAGGAUUGGAAUGAUCCAAUUGCCGUGAAAUUGAUCAGUGUGAGCAACCCUCUCUUCCUCCCACUCAUCCCACCGAGGUCUCAGGGCUUCACUGCAGUUGUUCUCACUUAUGAUCGUGUGGAGAGUCUGUUCCGAGUGAUAACUGAAGUCUCCAAGGUGCCCAGUCUUUCGAAACUGCUUGUUGUGUGGAAUAAUCAGAACAAGAGCCCACCUGAAGAGUCUCUGUGGCCCAAAAUUGGAGUUCCCUUGAAAGUUGUGAAAACCAAAGAAAACAAACUGAGCAACAGGUUCUUUCCAUAUGAUGAAAUUGAAACUGAAGCUGUCCUGGCGAUUGACGAUGACAUCAUUAUGUUGACUUCUGAUGAAUUGCAGUUUGGUUAUGAGGUGUGGCGUGAAUUUCCUGACCGGUUGGUGGGAUAUCCAGGCCGCCUUCAUCUCUGGGACCACGAGACUGCCAAGUGGAAAUAUGAAUCUGAAUGGACAAAUGAGGUCUCCAUGGUACUUACUGGAGCUGCCUUCUAUCACAAGUAUUUUAACUACUUGUACACAUACAAGAUGCCAGGAGACAUAAAGAGCUGGGUAGACGCUCACAUGAACUGUGAGGACAUUGCUAUGAACUUCCUGGUGGCUAACAUGACUGGCAAAGCACCUAUUAAGGUGACCCCACGUAAAAAGUUCAAGUGCCCGGAGUGCACAGCAAUUGAUGGGCUGUCACUAGACCAAAGCCAUAUGGUGGAACGGUCAGAAUGCAUCAAUAAAUUUGCAUCUGUGUUUGGGAUCAUGCCCCUGAAGGUGGUGGAGCAUCGAGCUGACCCUGUUCUGUACAAGGAUGACUUCCCAGAGAAGCUGAAAAGUUUCCCCAAUAUUGGCAGCUUGUAAAAUAUAUUUAGAGCCUUGUUUGCUUCGAGUGCCCUGUCCCUCUCCAUGAACUGCAGCCGGCUUUCAGUGAAGACCAGAGACUAUGAUUUUAAAUCUCAGCUCAGCACCAUUUCAAGUGUCUUACUGUGUUUUAAUGGGGUUUAUUAAUUUAGGGAUCUGAAAACUACAGUGGCUUUUUUCUUUUAAAAGGUUACAGGAUUCUGCUGGUUGAUCGUUAAAGACCAUUGAGUAAAACCUGUCUUGACCUUUUGGUUCAAUGUUUUUACAAUACAAGUGUAUUGUGAAUGAUGAAAAUAAUCAUUGAAAUUGGAAAUAUAAAUGGCUACCAGUGCUAUAAGAGAGUUCUGCAGCCAUACCCAAAGCUUAGGUGGGGCCAGCAAGUAAAAGCCUAUCCUUCUGAGACAGCACGUAAUAUCAACUAGCUUUAAAUGGUUAAAGCUAUAUAUUUACACAUUAUUUUUAUUUUCUUUCAAAGAAUUACCUGUUAAACAGCAGUCUGUUUUUACAGUUUUUUAUGUAAUGAGUUUUUUUUAACCUUUACACUGAAUUCUACAGACACUACUAUUAGAAAUGGAGAAUGUUCCUGAUGGCGUAGCUAAUUAUAUUGUGUAAUGUUUUCCAGCAGCUGCUUUAUACCAUUUUAGCACCACAACAUCCAGUUAAUUGUCUAAUCCUAGGAGUUCACGCCGAAGUAAUUUCUUAGCGGGGAUUCAGUACUUGGUGCAGACUGGCAUUAAGAAUCGUGACUUUUUCUUUAAAUGUUAAACUUGUGCUGUGUAAUAUUAAGGUGCAUUCAAAUCCUCCCAGGGAGCAGAGCAAUGUACAUUUGGGGAGAUUGUUAAUGCGUAAUGACUGAAGGCAAAUGACGAAUAAUAUUAUCAGUACCAUAUGCUGCAAUCUUACGAGGAUUAAGUUCUCAAUUGAUCUUGAGCUUUUGAUGUUUAUAUACAUCCUCUGUUUAUUUUAUAUCUGUAUCAAGUAGCAUUUGGUUUGCUGAUGAUUCUGUCCUACUGUCUGUGUUGAAAUGUUGAAUCGGAUUGUCUCUGUAGAUUUACCGCAACAUUAUUGUAUGAAAUUGUAAUGGUUUAAACACAUCAGUUCCUCCUGUGCCUACUCCAGCUCCGAGCUAUGCUCCACGUGUGAUGACUGUUUCCAUCUAACAGUGUUUUUACAAAAAUUGUUUAUAUGUUCUUUCAUUUUUAAAUCUGCAAGAAUUUAUCCCAAAAGUUUUGUCUGGGAGUAAAUGUGAUUUCUGCACCUCUCUCCUCAAGGUCCAAAUUAUUUCAGCCACGUGAAGCAUUAAGUAUACAAAUAUUGUAUUGAUGUCCAGAUAAAACUCAGUUCUACAUGUGAAUUCAUGUAAUUUUUUUAAUUCUGCAUAUGCCAGUAAAAAAACAAUCCAUGCCGACUAAAGUAUUUACUUUCUUCUGUUGAUGAAUUGAAUCACUUUUAAAUGAAAUCAUACUGCAUAAUGUUUCUGAAAGAUUAGGUUUCUUCAGAUGAAGAACAUUUAUCUGCUUUGGUGUAAGAAUUAUUCUAUUAACACAUUAAUCAUGUGCUUAAUCGGGAAUACUGAAGUCACCCACUAUGAAUGCUUGAAUGCUUUUCUGUCACUUGCCAGGAGUGGCAGAUUUGGGCACAGAGCAAAUAUCGUCCACACGUGUGAAUUUGCAAGAAUCCUCAAAAAACAAUAUUUCACAAAAUGCUUUCUGAGGAAACAGAGCUAGCAUGUCGCACACUAAAGGUUAUGAAUCAGAUAUUCAUUGGCACAUAUCAAAUGGGUAUUUAGUGGCAGAUAGUCUUUAAAAUAUUACAUUUUUUAUGACAGGAAAAGAUCAGUAGGUUGCCUGGAUUAAUCCCUAAAUUUAGACUUUUAGAUCUUCAUAAUGAAUAGCAUGUCCAUUGCUGGGACUGGCUGAAGACAAAAUGUUUAUACUUUUCUGCUGUGUCUGUUCAGUCAAGAGUGGCAAAAACCUGCUUGUGACAUUGUCGUUUACGAUUACCAUUUCUUUGUGUUUUUAAUCAAGUGCAAAGUGUUGCCAUAUUUGCAGUGUACUUUAUUUGCAACUGGUCCCCGUCAAUUGAAUGUAAAUGGCCCGGCAGAUUUCACAAAUGGACAGAACUGUAUAAUGCAAGUCAUAUGAUUGGCCAUUGUAAAUAUUUUAUGCAUUGAAUUCCCAUUCAAUUGCGGAAUUAAAGUGGUCGGUCCUGAGAUAAUUAAGUAGACAAGCUAAUGGUCGAUGAUUUUUAAUAUAAAACAAAACCACUGGAUGAAAUAUUUCUGUCUGGCUCUAAUCUAAUCUAACCCUGAUGUCACUUUAUAUUAAUGUAGCAUCUGACAUCAUUUAGAUCUCAGCUGCCGGUUGGUAGAUGCAGCAUAUUCUGCUAUUAGUUUACAAACCAGGAAAAAUACAAAAUAAACUUAUUAAUAACGACAGUUUUAUGACUAAUGUACUAGUGUUGGACACUGAGUUUGCCCUGAACUUUUAUCUCUCAGCAUGUUCUGCGAUUCGCACUAUUCAAGAUGUAAAUAGAAACUGUUUGUGAAAUGUUUGCUAAAAGUAAAGAAUUUUGAAAGGUUAUUAAUAGGUGCAUGUUACUAUGUUUAACUUUCAUUUGUAGAUGGUCUGUUUUUCUAACUAAAUGACACUGUGCCAGGUUGCUGGUGUAUCUCAUCUAGCACCUGUUAGUAUAACUUCUGUAAUCCUUUCUGUACUCUUGUCAGCAGUUCAGAAGGGCAAUGUUUGUAUUUUUGUCUACUCCAGUUAAUGUGAGACUUCAAUGCUCUCAGGAUCACAUUUCAUCCCCUAUCCAAAGAAAAUAGUAAAUUUUUUUCAGUAGGAAAAGACAAUUUUUUUUAUUUGGUUGGUUAUACCUAUCACAACAGUACAUCCCAUUCUGACCCUCUCUGUUACAGUCACCUAAAAAUUACAUAUAUGUAAAACCUUAUCCUAAGUGCAAUAACUUACUUGCCAAACAAUACAACACAAGCAAAUUAUAAGUUCAUUUCUCACAGUAAUGAUGAAACACUGUUCUUUCGGAUGCAGUAUCGUUUAUUGAAUGUAACCUAAUUGCACCCUUUCCUACGCAUUAUAUUUAUAUCAAGGCAGUUAAAGCUAAAGGAAAAUUGAGUUUACAAGGUUAAAAUAUUUUACAACAAAUUAUAACAGUAAUAUUUUCGAGACUUGCUCUCGACCAAAAGUACACAACACACCCAAACAGAUAUAUUACUCUGAACUUCAACCUUCUGCUUCAGUAGUAUAAGUAAUAGCAAUGGGGGUGAUUGUUGCAAAAGAUAAUUACAUUUAAAACUGUAUAACAUUUCAUUUUGGUAUAUUUAGAACAUUAUGCAAUAAAAGAUUUCUUUACUAGUU